UGGGUGGACAUCGAAACGUCAAAAAGACAAAAUGGCUAUCAUUAGCUUUAUUUGUUUAGUGUUUUUGACUAUAAAAUGUAACGGUAAAACGUGAAAGUGAACAAAUUUUUAUACAACAGCAAUCAUGUUGCAUAAUACAGGGCCUUACGGGCCUAACGAGACGCCGAUAAAUAUGGGAGCGCCCGUGAACAUGACACCGAUGAGUGGUCAUAUGAAUCUCGCUCAUAACAUUAAUAAUUUAAGUAAAAUGGCCCAUCACGGAGGCCAGGGGCCUAGCGGGCACUUCAAUCUUCCAGAGUAUGCACAUUACAACCAAUCUACACUGGGUAUGCCGCCGCAAAUGGGUCAGUUUCCCAACUAUCAGCAACUGGGCUUCCAGCAUUCGUACAUGAAUCAAAGUGCGUCUUCUGUCAACGAUUUACCAUUUCCAAACGGUAUGUUUCCUAUGAACUUUAAUAUACAGAACGAGCAUAGCGCUAACAUGAUGAAUUACUCGUACGAGAAGCGAGCGAGCGAAACUAUGAGGCAGGAGAGCUAUAAAGAUCAUGCUAUGCGCAAAAUGCCUUUAAACAUACCUCAGAUACCAAAUAAGUCUUAUGCCAGGCACAGCAUCCCUGAUGAAGGCUACGGACUUAACAAUACAUACCACGACGGUCACCACAACUUAGAUCUAAGUUUAAAAACACAAGAAAAGAUACAAUUGGAUAGCACAAGGAAGAAAAAUAUUGAAAACACUGUUAGAUUAAUUGAAAACAUUCUUAUAAAUUCAUCGAAUAAACCCAAAGAAGCACCAAGUGCUCUGAGUAGACCGACGAGCACUAGAACGGAGUUACCGCAGCAAACGGUAAUUGAGAAAGCGCCGAAAAGUAACAUACCUGCUACGGAAAUACAGAGUCAUACAGUAAUACAAACGCAAGCAGAUCCAUUACAAGUGACACCUGCAGAUUUCUCGAAAACAAAGCCAAAUGAUGUUGUCGAAGCUCCGAUAGAUGUUAACGAUGACAGUCAAGACAAAGAAGGGUCCGAAAACGAGCCGCAAUCUGACGAAGAAGACAUAAAACCUAUAGCCAUAACGCAACACUUUGUAACGGAAGAAACGGAAGUGAAUACGGACAAUAGUAUCGUUAUUAAAGUUGAGAAAGAUAGUUGGGCGGAUGCUGAGUGCUUUUCUCCGUUCCUUAAAGAUGUGAAUGGCUUCCAAAAGGAUGAUAAUAUUAAUUGCAGGAUCAUCGAGGGAGAAACUAGUGUUGCUGAAGCUAUUGCGGCUUAUAAGAACGGCAUAAAACCCGAAGGUGUAUUCGAAUGUCCGCACUGCUCACUCCUCUUCAAACAUCCGAAGCGCUUCAUAAUCCACCACAACUGGCAUACAUUCGGUCUCACAAACAUACGGAGGAUAGAAAUAGCCAAAGUGAAAGAACAGAGGAGGUUCGAGAGGAAAGAGGCUCGUGUUAUUGAGAGGAUGAACUCUAAAGAGGUUACGGAGGAAACAAGUGUUGAUGGCAAAGUGUUUCCUUGUAAGGAUUGUGAUAAAGUCUUUAGUGCUAAGGGGAGCUUGAAGAAUCAUCGGCAACGAACACACCCGACCCGUAUAAGAGAGUGCAGGAUAUGCCACAAGCCCAUCUCCAGUUGGAUGGCACUCCGGGCACACAUGGUCACUCACUCCGCUGACUCCGGACUCGGGUUCCAAUGUGCGGAGUGCCCCAAGAGGUUCAAGUACUCUCACUCUCUCGCCAAGCACUCUGAUACCCAUUUGGAAAAGACGCACGCCUGCACGGAAUGCCCCAAGAAGUUCGGCUCCCAGGCGCUGCUGAAGAUGCAUAUGAAGACACAUGAGCGGGUGCUGCGCGGAGCCACCUUCCGGUGCACCUACUGCGGCAAGGGAUUCUUCGAGUCUUAUAGUUUGCAGGUGCACGAGAGGACACAUAGGAACGAGCGUCCGUUCACAUGUGACAUAUGUAAUACAAGCUUUGGAACUAACUCCAGCCUCAAGAGACAUGUUAAAGUGUCUCACAACACGUCGAAGCCGUACCAAUGCUCGGUGUGCCAUCGGAACUUCAUCACGGAGUCCAUCCGAGACAGACACGAGCAACGUCUACAUGGCAACCCCGAGGACUUCAAGUUUCCGUGCAAACUGUGCCCUUCCAAAUACUUGAAAAUGAAAGAUCUUCAGAAACACGUUUACAAGAUGCAUCCCAAAAGCAAAAGGAAGAAAAAGGAAGAUAAAGACAGCGAUUCCGAAUAGUAACCUUAUGUAAACGGAAUAAGGUACGAAAUUGAUUGAAUCAUAUCUCUUUGAACUCUUAUAGUUGGCUUUAUU